AUGACGGUAUUCAUUGCGUCUUUGUUUCUCCCAUAUACAGUGAAUUUCCAUGUCGAUAACUCACGCAACCGCCAUACCCCGGCGGGCCCCCCGUCUGCAAACCCGAUUGUAGAAGGGAUUACCCCCAUCCCCCAGGCUCCCCAGGCGCAGCCAACCGCCAGCCUCUUUGGGCAGCCAAAACCCGGAAAAUCAUCUGGGCUCACCCCCGGAGCCACCACAGACCAUGAGCGCAUUUUCGCAUCAAAUGUAGCCCAGGCAGAGCAGGAGAAAAGCGGAUAUCCAUUCCCUCCUUCGGUUGAGGACAACCGAUUGCUCGUCGAGAGUGAGGGUCAUUCGCCGGCAUGGGGAGCCACGACUUCCCUCAAUCAACCCAAGCCCCAGGCAACUUUGUCGCCAGACCCUUCCAUCCUCAAACACCAAGAUCCCCAACCCGCCAAGGAAUCCGUACCACCGCGGGUCCCUCCAGCCCAGCCUGUCGCGCCCUACACUGGACUGAGGAAGGGCAGUGUGGCGAAUCGCAAGGUGUCAUUUUCCAAGGCUGAAUGGAGUAUCGAGACUGCGGAACAAGGGAAUGGUGGCCUGCGCAAUGCGGUUCGGUCUGCGACAGACGCGGGAGUUCUGGAAGAAAUGAUGUGGGUGGGAACCCUGGGUAUGCCGACUGACGCUCUGGCGAAAUGGACCCGGCGAGACAUUUCAGAGAAACUGGAAGACGAGUACGAGUCAUUGACAGUGUUUGUCAAUGACGGUGACUUCGACGGCCACUACACUCAUUUCUGCAAGACCAUCCUUUGGCCAGUAUUCCAUUAUCAGAUCCCGGAUAACCCCAAGAGCAAAGCAUACGAGGAUCAUUCAUGGAUCUACUAUGUUAAACUCAACCAGGAAUUUGCGGAACGCAUCGCUAAACAUUGGAAACGAGGCGAUUCUAUCUGGGUUCAAGAUUAUCACCUACUUCUUGUCCCGGCGAUGCUUCGCAAGCUGGUCCCCGACGCGCAGAUUGGUUUCUUUUUGCACAUCGCCUUCCCAUCAUCCGAGGUAUUCAAGUGUCUAGCACCCCGCAAGGAACUCCUAGAGGGAAUUCUGGGUGCCAACUUGAUUGGCUUCCAGACUGACGAAUACUGUCGGCAUUUCCUGCAGACGUGUAGUCGCAUUCUCUGUGUGGAGGCAACCCCCGAAGGAAUUCAACUGGAAGAUCGGUUUGUCAACGUUGGCACAUUCCCGAUCGGUAUUGACCCAACUUCAUGGGACAAACGUCGCCAGUUGACAGACGUGGAGCGAUGGGUCGAUACAAUCUCGGAGCGUUACCAGGGAAAGCGACUCAUCGUUUCGCGCGACAAGAUCGAUUCUGUCAGGGGUAUCCGCCAGAAGCUUCUGAGCUAUGAGCUGUUCCUAAACAGUAAUCCAGAGUGGGCAGAAAAGGUUGUUCUGAUCCAGGUUGCAACAAGCACUACGGAGCAACCUGAACUUGAAGCCACACUCUCUGAUAUCGCCAUGCGGAUCAACUCCACUCACUCCACUCUUGCCCACCAGCCUUUAGUGUUCCUUAAACAGGACUUGGCUUUCUCGCAAUACCUCGCUCUGAUCACCGUGGCAGAUGCCCUUAUGAUUACAAGUCUGCGCGAAGGCAUGAACCUAACAAGCCACGAGUUUGUCUAUUGUCAAGAUGGUAGCUAUGGUGACAAAGCUUACGGAUCUUUGAUUCUGAGUGAGUUCACCGGCAGUGCAUCUGUGUUUGGAAACCAUGCCCUUUUGGUGAAUCCCUGGGACUACCGCCAAUGCGCCGAAGCUAUUCACACUGCAUUGACGCGUGAUGAGAAAGAGAGGAAAGAGGUUUGGGAGCAGAUGCUUAGCGCGGUGCUGCAGAAUUCGACCGCGAACUGGGUCAAGUCAUUCAGCGAGACUCUCACACGCGUAUGGAAUGAACAAUCAUCGCGAGAGAUCAUGGCAGUACCCAGACUGUCUGUGUCUCGAUUGACGGAACGCUACCGCCAGUCAAAGCAACGGCUGAUGAUUCUCGAUUACGAGGGCACCCUUGCCUCGUGGGGCUCACCGCGGAGCAUCAUCCUAACCACACCUCAACGUGCAAUCACGACGUUGACAGAAUUAACUGAAGACUCAGCCAAUGUUGUCUACGUGAUGAGCUCUCGCAUGCCCGAAGAGAUGGAACGUCUUUUCCGCCAGGUUCCAAACUUGGGAUUGAUCGCGGAGAACGGAUGCUUCGUUCGGGAACCACAAUCUGAUACUUGGAGCCAUCUUGCAGACAAAGUCCAUGUCAAAGCAUGGAAAUCAUCCGUCUCUCAUAUUCUGGCCUACUUCAAUGCUCGCAUCGAAGGAAGCUGGAUUGAAGAGCGUCAUUGUUCCCUGGUGUUCCACCACGGAUCUGCCGAAGAUCGUCACAUUGCAGCCCGACUCGCUGCGGAGUGCGCUGGUAACAUCAAUGAUGCCUGUGCAGACCAAGGCGUGCACGCCAUUCCAGCUGAAGGCGCAUUGAUUGUGGAAACCACUCAUACUAACAAAGCCUCAGCCGCCGAAUUAGUCUGGAAAUGGUACUCGACGAAGGCUGAAAAGGAAGAGGAAGUCAUCAAGCCUGACUUCCUACUGAUUAUCGGCGACAACCGCGAGGACGAGCCCGUCUUCCGCUGGGCAAACAAGCUCCAGAAAGCCAAGGCCGCCGAGAAUGUCAUGACUGUUACACUAGGCUCACGCAGCACGGAGGCCAAAGCAACCUUAACCCAGGGAGUGACAGGUAAUUUCCCCGAGAGGCUCAUCGAUCUAAUAGGCUAA